AUGCGCACAUCACUUCUUUCGUUCACACCUCUUGCUUUCGCUCUUGCAGUACCCAGUGCCCUACAUAGCCGCGAUACAAAACCCAUAUAUUGGCUGUUAGCAGGUGACUCAACAACAGCGACCAUAGGUGGUUGGGGCGAUGCGUUCCUGUCUACCACCCUCGCAAACGGCGCUUCAGGCCACAACUACGGGCACAGCGGCGCAACAACAAGAUCAUUCCGCGCCGGAGGGGAUUGGGCAAAGGUCACCAGAGACGUCGGGACUUACAAGGAAGACUACAAUGUCUACGUGACGAUUCAGUUUGGCCAUAACGACCAAAAGGCGACUUCUGGUGUGUCCAUAACAGACUAUCGAAACAAUCUGGCAACCUUCGCAUCCGAAGUCAUCCAGUCUGGUGGCACACCCAUCCUGGUCACCCCUUUGACGCGCCGCACCUUCAACACUACCACGGGUCGUGUUAUAGAAAACCUUGCCAACGAAGCGGCCAUCACCAUCGAUGUGGCUAGUUCCAAGAGUCUGCACUAUAUCAACUUGAACAAAGCUUCGACGCAGUACGUGAAUGCGCUCGGACAGAUAGGCGCAGAUAGGUACAACUAUGGUGAUAACGGAACUACUGGGAAGGAUCGAACACAUUUGAACCCGUUGGGCGAGGUGGUGUUUGCUAGGAUAGUGAGUGAUUUGUUGGUAGAAAAGUACGAAGGGGAAUUCAAAGAAUGGACACAGGCAAACGAGACACUGAGUCAAUUGAUCAGGGACGGUCAGCCUGCGUAA